UGUGUCAGUCUUGAGAAAGUUUCCAGACUGCAAAUAUGGCCAUAUUUUGCAGCAUUCUCGAGCUGUGUUAAUAGAUUUGCACUGAAUGGCUAGUCAACCUGCUCCAUUACUAAGAGGUGAGAUGGGUCCUACUGAAACAUCCAACAUGGAAGAAAUUUCUCUGGAUGACGAAGAUGUAAACAGCAUGGAGUUUAAAGUGCUUGUUGCUUUGGUACAGUGCAGACAGUCUGGCAGACUUACUUGCACAGCAGAGAAGGGACAUCGAAAGGACUCAUCUAAUGAAGAUAGGAGUGAGUUUAGAACUGACAGUGCAAAAGAACAGACUGGUUUAUCAACUUCAGGGCCUGGUAAUUCUUCUGCAUGUAUGGAGGAGGAACAUACGAAAUCAGGUUCUGUAGGCAAGGCAGCCUCAAAGAAAAACAAAAAGAAGCAGAAAAAGAAAAGUUGGAAAUUGAAGUUAUUUCCUAAAUGUAUACAAGGAUUGACAGAUGACCAGGAAGACAUUCCCAAAAAAUCCAGAAAUGUUUCUAAUAAAGGUCCACAGCCUAUAGACAAAUCUACAGAGGCAACAACAAAUGAUGCAGCUGCUAGGCAAAUAGCAAAGAAGAUUUUAGAUAUUCUUCAUAUGAGCACACAAAGACCACAUUGUUUUAGAUCACACUGUUUGGAAACAGAUGGUAUUGAAGGUGAAGAACAGCUGAUAGAAAAAAUUGUUGCUCUAUUACGGGAUAGUGGAGAUGCAUUAAAUGAAAAGAUAAAAAAAGACGUGGAGUUGCACCAGUCUUUGAGCAGUAAACUCAACUAUUCAUGCUUUAAGAAAAUUACAGACAUGUAUCUUGAUGACUUUGCUUCUCCUGGAGUUGAAGAAACCAAGCAGCAGAAAAUCAAAAUUGCAUCUGCAGCAGAUGUUGCUGUAAGGUUGAGUGCCAUUGACACCCAUCCCAUGAACAAAGUCAUGUCCUUUGGAAGCAGAUAUUUAAAAGAACACUUUACCCCCUGGAUCCAGAAUCAGGGAGGAUGGGAAAAAGCAUUAGACAUGGAAGAAGGAGCGACAGAAGAUGAAGUAGAUUAGUCACAUCUUUGUGCCCAUUUUCACUGGGAGGACAUACAAAACUACCAGUCACAGCAUAAGGAUAAGGAUGCAGUCCUUUGCCUGGAAUAAGUGUUGUGUCUAUGACUCUCAAAAAACACUUUAUGGACAGAGCACAGUUCUACAUUAUUUAAGGACCUCAGCAGGAGCAAUCCAUGUAUCUGUGGAUGUGUGGACGAUACUUUGGCACUGGAAGGCCUAAUACUGAAAGCUUUAAUGCACAUCUUAAACAUUUGGGUUAAUGUUAAAUAUAUUUCUGGGAACAAAGCAUAUAUGUUUAAUAGUACUUCAGAAAUUUUUAUUUUUAAAAGUGUGCAUCACAACUGCUUCUAACAACCUGAGCAGUGUGUGUGUGUGUGCAUGCGUGUGCAGUCAUUUGCUUCUCCACCAACUAUUUACUUGAUAUAAGAAAUGGGAUUUCUACCAAUGCAAGACACUGUAGGGAAGCAGUACUGCAGAUUCAUAUACCUCAAUGUGUGAGAUAUUUUUCUUCUCUGAGCAGAAAAGCUAAAGAAAAUGUAGAAAUUUAUUGGCAUUCUUAUUAUAAAUUUUAAGAACCACAACUCCUCAGCAAAAGGAGCAACCAUUUCAGUUUCGUGGUGUUGGAAAGAGAUUUAAAUUGUUAUUACUACUACCCAUUCAACUCAGAUUUCAAGAAAAAAAUAACAAAGUACAUCAUAAAUAAGUACCUUAAUUUUUAUCCAUUAUACUUCUGUUCCAGCUAAUAAACUAGAACAUGUCACCAUUCAGCAUAUACAAUACAGUUGUUUUCCAACUGUUUCUGCAAGCAGAACUGGAGGACCAUCACUUCAAUAGCAUAAUCAAGUGUGAAGCACUACCCUGAGUAACUGUUAACAGUGGUUUGUUGCAUUUGUACAAGUAAGAGUGUAAUCAGAAUCUUCUGCUGGCAGUACAUUGUAAAACAUGUAUUUGAUUGCUGAGAACUACAAGACCUACAGCUGAAGCAGAGACUGAUUGUACUACGUGGAGAUAAAGCAAUAAUGUAUAAAGUCCAUGUCCAUGUGGUGACUACAUGGAAUUUCCUUUAAUGAACUGGCUUGGAGGGGUGUGUUACAUAUGGGACACUACUAAAACUGUUGCAGCAGUCACCACUCUGUAUCUGAAUGAAGCCAAAGACUAUAUUAUCCAGAACUGAAAUAGGCUGCCUUUAAAAUUUCAUUCACUAGGACUUGAACACCAGCUCCUAUUAGUGUUAGAAAUGUUUAGCUCUGCUUUGUAAGUAAACAUUCUAUGGAUGUCAUAACUUGUAAGAAGAAAAUAUUUGACCCAGUUAUGAGUUUUACUGGAAAAAAGAUAAUACAAUACAACAGAAAAUUUGCAGUACCAGAAAUCUCACUAGCAAUCAUUUAGUUAGUAUUUUUAUAGUCUGGCUAAUGGUUUGUGAGGGUUUAGAUAUGAGCACAAGACUGUUGCAUCUAGAAUAAGUCACAGGUACUGUACUGCCCAAGUCAUCACCAAACCCUUCUGAUGAUGUACGCUGUACCACUAUGCCAGUUCAUUCUCAGCUCCUCCCAUUGACUCUACAUACUGCCCAACCUGAAGGCAAAGGCUGUUGGGAAAUUGGUACAUCCAGGGAAAAAUCUAAAUCCUUAAUUAACAGAAAAUUUGAAUACUAAGUAGUACAUAUGUUCUUCUACUUCCAAUACUUAAUACGUGUUUAUAUUGCAUUUUGUCAUUCAUUCUGUAUAUAAUGUCAUGUAUCUGUUGUUUAAUCCUGGACACAGACUGAAAUAGGUCUAAUGGGAUCAGUGCUCCACCCCAAUUGAACAAAUUCAAAAUAAAUCAAUAAAUGAAUAAUACUCCGAAAUACAAGUUUAAAAAAAUGAGCGUGACAAAAAUGAUACAAAAAUAUAAGCAUAUUCUCAAAGACACAAUGUGAGAUCUGUAGAGUUUAAUAAAUUAUAUUAAAAAAAUCUA